AUGGGUGUGCAGAAGAAAGAAAAGAGCCGUCGUGCUCGUGAGGGCCAAGUCAAAGAUGGAAACCUGCGUCUGAAAGGAGAAAAUUUCUACAGAGAUGCCAAGAAGGUCAAGAAACUGAGCAUGUACAAGGAGGGCCGGGCUCAGCGGAAUGCCAAAGGAGAAAUCACCAAAGCAGCAACGUUGCAAUCAACUGACAUCCCCAGUGCACGAGUUGCUCCCGACCGUCGGUGGUUUGGCAAUACUCGAGUCAUUUCCCAAGAUGCGCUAACCCAUUUCCGGGAGGCUAUGGGCAAUAUUCGCAAAGACAGUUACCAGGUUUUGUUGAGACAGAACAAGCUCCCUAUGUCGUUGCUGGAGGAGUCUUCACAAAUUCCUACUGUUGACAUCACUGAGACAGAGUCCUACUCGUCCACAUUCGGUCCCAAAGCCCAACGAAAAAAGCCGCGAACGGCUGUGUCAAGCUUGACCAAUUUGGCCGAUACAGUUGCCCGUGAUACUGAGGAGUUCGAGAACAAAGAGGAGGAGAGCGAAGACGAGUUCUCUGCGGCUGCCAAAGAGCAUAUUUUCUCAAAGGGUCAAUCCAAGCGUAUUUGGAAUGAGCUGUACAAGGUCAUUGAUUCAUCAGAUGUGGUGAUUCAUGUUCUUGAUGCCCGUGAUCCCAUGGGAACUCGAUGCAAAUCUGUUGAACAAUAUAUUAAGAAGGAAGCUGCACACAAGCAUUUGAUUUUCGUGCUGAAUAAAUGUGAUCUUGUCCCUACGUGGGUAUCGGCUGCUUGGGUGAAACACCUCUCUAAAGAUUAUCCCACGCUGGCAUUCCAUGCUUCUAUCACAAACCCCUUUGGAAAAGGAAGCUUGAUUCACAUCUUGCGGCAGUUUGCUAGUCUGCACAAGGAUAGAAAGCAGAUCAGUGUUGGUUUGAUCGGCUACCCCAAUGCCGGUAAAUCGUCUAUUAUCAACACACUGAGAAGUAAAAAAGUUUGCACCGUUGCUCCUAUUCCUGGAGAGACAAAGGUCUGGCAAUAUAUUACCCUUAUGAAGCGCAUUUUCCUGAUCGACUGUCCCGGUAUCGUUCCACCCAGCAGCAAAGACACCGAGACGGACAUUUUGUUCCGUGGUGUGGUUCGUGUUGAGCAUGUUUCAAAUCCAGAGUCAUUUAUUCCGGCUUUACUGGACCGCGUAGAGCCCCGUCACCUGGAACGCACAUACGAGAUCAAGGGCUGGAACAAUUCCGCUGAGUUCUUGGAAAUGCUUGCUCGAAAGAACGGGCGUCUUCUCAAGGGUGGCGAGCCUGACGAGUCUGGCGUGGCCAAGGCUGUUUUAAACGACUUCAACCGAGGCAAGAUUCCCUGGUUUGUGCCCCCGCCUAGAGACGAGGAAAAGGACCAAGAAGACUUUGCUGGGUUCGACGAUAAGCCUGCUGAGGUUUCUGCUUAA